UUGCUGAAUCAGACCUCCUUUAAUGAAAAGACAAAUCAGACAUGCUGCAGGUUGCUAUAGUGCUUCACCUUGUGUGUUCAUCUCUGUCAACCUUUCUUGUUCUGCCUCCCUGUAACUCUCCUGAGCUGCUGCGGCUGCUGCUGCUGUUGCUGCUGCUGUGGUGAUGGAUUAACCGUUUCUUAGACCUGCCUGACGACAAGCCUGCAUCUCUCUCUCUCAUCACAUACUUUGUCCGAGGAGCAAACACAAUCUGGGAAACCUUGACUACUGCAGCUCCUCUCACUUAUUGUGACACACACAUACAUCAUCACGUCAGUCGCAGCUCUGCAACAGGAGAGUAGAUGACUGCAGGAGAGGACUGAUCCUGACUGACUGAAGCCUGGUGAGUCCAGCAGACAUACAACAAUGUAGCAGCAAUUCCUGAUAAAGUUUGCAGCUGAAUUUUGCCUUUUUGCGACCUCUUACGAGAAUCUGAAAUCUGUCAGACUACAUCUCCAAAACCACCAUCUGGGACUAACAGGGAUGGAGGGAGAAGGCUGUAAUCCUGGAGUAGCUAUGGAUUCAGGUAAUCCGCUGCUGAGAGCAGUGUUCCUUCGUCGUCUGAGGCUCACCCGACUACUUCUUGAAGGCGGCGCUUACAUCAAUGAGAGCGACAGCCAAGGGCAGACACCCCUCAUGGUGGCCUGCAGGACCCAGCACACCGACACCCAGAGUGCCAGCCGGGUCAAGCUCAUUCAGUUUCUUCUGGAGAAAGGAGCAGACCCCAACAUUCAGGACAAAGAGGGUCGCUCUGCACUGAUUCAUGCCUGCCGGGAGCUGGCCGAUCCUGAGGUGGUGUCUCUGCUCCUGGCCAAUGGGGCGGACAUUAGCCUGGAGGACCAGACCGGGACAUCAGCGUUAGUCUAUGCAGUCAUGGCUGGAGACUGGAAAGUGCUUAAGCUGUUGCUCGACACAUGUAAGGCGAAGGGGAAGGAGGUGAUCAUCAUAACAACAGACAAAUUCCCGUGUGGGAAACUGCAGGCAAAGCAAUAUCUCAGCAUGGCUCCCCUUGGUCCUCUCGAUCAGCCAGACAAAAUGACACCAACGGCUCCUGCAUCACCAUCUGAAGUCCAGCUCAUCACCUCUCCCCAGUGCACUUCCUCCUCCUUAUGCCCCCCUAAAAUCUUUUCCUUUAAAGAAGGGCAGAUCUGCGGUGUAAGCUCCCAUCCAUGUUCCCCGUCACGGCUUCGAGGGCUCGGCCAAGCAGCACUAAAUGGACUGCAGCAGCCUCUGCUAAGGCUGAACUCCGAGCCCUGGUUAAAGAUCCCGACAUCUCUGCUCACCCAGCAAACUCAUGCAGCUUUGUCCUCAGAGAUGGGCCCAGGCUUUAACCUGACUGAUGAACUCUCUUUUAGAGUUUGUAACCUAGAUGGAGGCAACAGUACACACAGCUUCAACUGGUGUGAAGGAAAAUUUGCAAGGGACAAAGGAGAUGGAAAGACUGACUGUGCCAAACAUGCAGGGCAAAAGAUAUCCUUACCAGGUCUUCUAUCAUCCCACUCUGCCUCCCACCCCAAUUUGCAUUCUGAAAACCUUAGUACAGAUUCAUCCACCUCCUCUUCUUCCCUUUCCGGUGGCAAAAACCUCAGCACACCCCUUCACAGCAUGGCCUCCUCCAGCCUUCACAGCGUCAUCCAGAGGCGCAAGUUAGGGACAGACAUCUACAGCUCUGACCCCCAGCUAGCUGUAGACAUUCAAACUCUCCCUGAAGAGCAAAGAGCUAGAGACCCAACAGAUGGUAAAAGGCUGGCGCCAAUACGCUGCUCCAGCACUCUGGGCUCCAGGGAUUUACUGUCGGGCCCCAACAAGAGAGUCCUCUCUGGGUAUGAGCGCAGAGGGUCCGGUGCCUUUUUGUUGGACCACAGCUCCCAGGCCAGGCCUCGAUCUCUGCCACCUCUAAUCAACACCCCCAUCCUGAAUGGUUAUAACCUCAGCUCUGGCAGUGGAGGUAGUUUCUCUGAGAAACAUUUCCUGCCCUCUGCUCCUCCUGGGCAGCCCAAAGAGUUGACAAGAAGGAUGUUAAUGAGGAGACACUCGAUGCAGACCGAACAGUUCAAAAGUACAGCUUGAAAUUCAGAGAAAAAGUUCAGCAGUGUGUUUAAAUGUUUAGAACUCUGUUGUCAUGUGAUGCAGUGUCUGUGUAGUGAAAUUCAUUCAGAAAAAACGAAGAGGAACACAGUUUCUAAUUAGCGUGACAACAUUUAUUCCUCUGCUUCAGCGUGCUGUGUUGUCUCGUAGCUUUAGUAUGUAGUUUAGAUCUUUCGGGCCACUUAGUAGCAGUGAAUCAAGCUGAAAACACCACAUCUUCUGUAAUUUCACUUUAUAAAGUUGAAGGUGUUAGCAGUCAACAUCCAGGAGACUCAAGGGGUGUACUGCAAGACUAAUAAGUUGGUGAGUUUUCAGUGUCAGUAAAGCGGCUCUCUUUUAACCUGCUAACGGAUGCUGCACAGCUAACCUGCUCCAGAGGAGGUUCUGUUCAAAGUUUGAGAUUUAAAUCGGCUGUAAGAAGCAUUUCCCCAUCACCAACACUUUUCCUGACAAUCCUCUCUGAGUGUUACAGAUUCUCAGAUAAGGGAUGUUAUUACUUCAAAUCUGAUUAACUGUAAAUAAGCAAUCCCAGUGAGCAAAGUACAGUGCCUAUCAUAAGUAUUCACCCACUUUGAUGUUUUACCCUUUUAUUGCUUUCAUAAAUCAAUCAUGGUCAAUAAAAUGCAGCUUUUUUAACAAAAAAAUUAUUGGAAAAAAAUCUUUAAUGUCAAAGUGAAAACAGAUUUCUAUAAAGUAAUGUUAAUGAAAAAAAUUAUAUAAAUGAAAAUAAUUGUUUGCAUAAUUAUUCACCCCCUUCAAGUCAGUAUUCAGUAGAUGCACCUUUGGCUGCAAUCACAGCAGUGAGUCUGUGUGGAUAGGUCUCAGUCAGUCUUGCACAUCUGCCCACUGCAAUUUUGCUCCAUUCUUCUUUGCAAAACUGUUCAAGCUCUGUCAGGUUGUGCGGGUAUCGGGCAUGAACAGCCCUUUUCAAGUCCAGCCACAAAUUCUCUAUAGGAUUGAGGUCUGGGCUUUGACUCGGCCACUCCAGAACAUUUACCUGGUUCUUUUUUAACCAUUCCUGUGUAGCUUUUGCAGUAUGUUUUGGAUCAUUGUCUUGCUGGAAAAUAAAUCUUCUCCCAAGACGUAGUUCUCUUGCAGACUGAAAAAGAUUGUCCCCCAGGAUUUCAGUGUAUUUUGCAGCAUUCAUUCUGCCCUCUAUCUUUACAAGCCUUCCAGGUCCAGUUGCUGAGAAACAUCCCCACAGCAUGAUGCUGCCACCACCAUGCUUUACAGUGGGGAUGGUGUGUUUUUGGUGAUGUGCAGUGUUUGGUUUCCGCCAAACAUGACGUCUUGUCUGAUGGCCAAAAACUCAAUUUUGGUCUCAUCAGACCAAAGAAUCUUCUUCCACUUGACCAUGGAGUCUUCCACAUGCUUUUUGGCAAACUCGAGUCGAGAUCUAACAUGACUUUUCUUCAACAGUGGCUUUCUCAUUGCCACUCUCCCAUAAAGCUUUGACCGGUGAAGAACCCGGGCAGCAGUUGCUACAUGCACAGUCUCUCCCAUCUCAGCAGCUGAAGCUUGUAACUCCUUCAGAGUAGUUGUAGGGGUCUUGGUGGCUUCUCUCACUAGUCUCCUACUUGCACGGUCACUCAGUUUACGAGGGCAGUCUGAUCUUGGCAGAUUCACACAAGUGUCACAUUCCUUCCAUUUCUUGAUAAUUGAUUUCACUGAACUCUGGGGGAUGUUCAGUGCCUUGGAAAUUUUUUGUAACCAUCCCCUGAAUUGUACUUCUCAAUAACCCUUUCCCUGAGUUGCUUAGAGUGUUCUUCUGUCUUCAUGGUGUAAUGGUAGCCAGGAAUACUGAUCAACCACUCUCUGGACCCUUCAGACACAGGUGUUUUACAACUCAAUCACUUGAAACACACCCACACCACUCAGGUGAUCUUCAUUUCACUAAUUGUGAGACUAUUGGCAACAAUUUGAUGGACCUCUAUUGAAUUAGACCAUUAAAUUAAAAAGGGGGUGAAUAAUUAUACAAACAAUUGUUUUUAUUUAUAUAAUUUUCUUUCAUUAACAUUACUUUAUAGAAAUCUGUUUUCACUUUGACAUUGAAGAGUUUUUUCCAAUAUUUUUUUUGUUAAAAAAGCUAAAUUUUAUUGAACAUGAUUGAUUUAUGAAAGCAAUAAAAAGGUGUAACAUCAAAGUGGCUGAAUACUUAUGAUAGGCACUGUAGUGAAGUUACAGUACUGCAACCUGUAUGUGUUGCUUUGCCAUCAGAACUUACGUGCAUUUAACUGGUGAUGUAGGAAAUGACUAAAAGAAUUUUUAGGUCCUGAUUUGCUGCAGAGAAUAUUUUAGAUUUGCUGGAAGAGGCUCUGAGAGUUUCCCAUUCAAAUCAGCUGUAAGAAGUGUCUGAUGAGUUUCUGUGAGUGAUACAGAUUCUCAGCUGAUGUUCUGUGUGCAAACCUGUUGAGCUGUACAUUAGUAAUUCCACUGAGCAAAGCCAUGUAGUUACAAUAGCACAAACUGUAUGCGUCCCAUUGCUAUGGAAACCUACAUGAAUUCAGUUGGUGACGUAGGAAAUGCACAAAACUAAACAUCAGUGGUUUCCACAUUUCCUUCAUUAUGGGACAGUGUCAAACCAAAAUGUACUUCUUCAAUGUCAUGUUGAAAUGAAUGAAGUUAAAAUUGUCAGCGCUCUAGAGUGCACCUGUCAUGUUUGAAAUCAGCAGCUGCAUUGAGAUUUACUUAGUGAUGUUUUUGAGAGCUUUAGCUUUUUCUUGAGCUGGCUAACACAAAGAAAGCCUGGCUAUGAUGAGCCUGCUUUGUACUAAACCUCACUGCAGUAAUGUUAGCUUUAACUUGCAGGUAUGUUUUAGGUUACUUUCUUUUACCUGAGAUUUGAUCCCAGUCAAUGCCUGAGAAAAAUAUCUGUCUCUCCAUCUGUGAGAAGUCUCACUUUCUUCAUCAGUAAGUUUAACUUUGUAUGUCUGUUGUCUAUGGCUACAUGUGAUUGUGUUUAUCAGAACUUCUUUCUGGAAAAUAGACUUAAUUAAACUGGAAACAUCACAACGAGGAGCUGAAACAUGCUAAAAAGCCACUUAGAACACAUUGGAUUAGCCGCAGUGAGCCAAAUCUUUGAGAUCAUCCAUGAUCAUUUCAUUUCUUAAUAUAAAUAAACCUCAGUGCAAAUUUAAAGUCAAUACAUGUGAACGUAGUCACUCAUUUUUUUAAAACUUCAUUCAUCAAAUAGCUGGCUGUUUAGCUACUAAUGGUUCCACUUUCUUCACAAGCUAAUUGAUAGCUUGUUCUGUCUGCUGUUUAUUGCUACCUUUAGAUGAAUAAAACAUCUUUUUGGUAAACAGAGUGGAUGAGACUCAAAGGUUCGGAAUCAAAACAAUAAGCUUAUAGAUGCUAAAAAGCCAUGUUGAGCUCCACUGAAGCGUCACUGUGAGCAAGAUGUUUUAGAUUAUGUGCAGUUAUUUGAUUCUUUAAUAUAAAAAUCUAAACUAGUGCAGCUUUAAAGUCAUUAUGUGCAAAACUAGUAAAAUAACAAUUGGCACAUCCCACUGGUAAAAUGAAAGUUAUUGAAGGCAACAGCAUACAUGGAUUCAUUUUUCUACAAAUGUUCCAUCAGAAUAAUUUCAAAUACAUUAUAAUCACGCUAAAACUCCUCACAUAGUGGCUUUGAAUCAGCAGUAGUAGACUUUUUUCCACACUUAUUUGCUAAAGCUGUAGUCAGUUGCAACUCUUUAAAGAAAACACCUCCCACUGGGGCUGUAAAAUGUGUCAUAAAUGAUUUUAUUAUAAUAAAACUGCUUUACAAAUCA